AUGUCUGUAGUGGCGUCCAAAGUGGACUACUGCAUGCUAGAGCGAUAUAGUCAUGAAUAUCACCUUUCGCAUGUACUUGGUUUCCAAGUUCCGUCUUCAUCUUCUUCUGUUCUUGAUGCCCCACCUGGUAAGGUUGGAUUUUACCUUCGACAUCUUGUGUGUGGGUUACGGUUACCCCCGUCUCGCUUCUUUUUAGAGCUGACAUCUUAUUUGGUCGGUGAUAUCCCACCCAAGUCCAUAGUGGUGGGUGACGUCGUUCUUGACCGAAAUGUGGAUCAGAUGAAUGUGACACCCGAAUCGCCCCCUGUGCUCCUAGGUUUUGGGCCGAAUGCUUUCACUAUCGAGCAAUUGUUGGACACAUCUAGCCCUAUUAUUGGUUCUGUACAGGUCGGUUAUUCUAGCUCCACAAGAGUUGUGCCCCCCGUAGGUGUCUCUUCCAGUCGAAAAUGUGGAUUUCCUUCUUGUGUAUUGCUUGAGGAAGAGUUGAACGAAGCAUGCCUGUUUAUACCUUGUGCGGAAAAAAUUAUCUUCGCCGUACUCGGGCGAGAUCUCAAAUUUUUUGAUGGGUUAUUAACUUUGCGAGACCGGUUUUUAGCCGCAAGGGUGAAUGUACGUGUUGUCGAAGGCAUGAAGCUUGCAAGAGAGGAAAUGUUGGUGAAAGUGGGAGAGAUGUAUGCUGACUUAUCAAUACGUUACCGGGAUGCUGCGGCCAAGGUAACUUCUCUAGAAAAUCAAGGGACGCUCGUCCAGGCGAAGUAUGAAUCUUGUCUCCAGGAGAACGGCGUGUUGUGUUCUCAUCUCCUUAACAAGUCUUGA